CCACGUCCGAUGGACAUGAGCCACGUCCACGAGGAGGUUCGAAUUUGCUCCAGCCCCCAGCCACCCAACAGGUAGCCGCCUUUCGGCUGGUACCAUUUGCACUGUGAUAGGACUCACCACCUGAGCAUUCAGAUGAUUUCUUCGGAUGCCUCCUGUGCAUGUGUGGACAUGGAAGUUUGGACCCCCGUUGUGUGCAUCCCAUACUGAGACUUCGUAGACCGAGUCCACAAGCAGCUUCUGGAGGGUUUCUGGAGGUACCUCCCUCCAAAACGCUUUGGAUUCUUUCGGCAAGACAAUGAACGUGUGAUGCCAAGGUUGAAGGCCUCACCGAUGUUUUGGCUUCAUAUCCCGAAGUGUGGCACCAGCUUCUACAACACGGUGACGCACCUGCCGGGCAUGUGCCCAGACCUUCCAGUGAAUCUUAGCAUGGGCGAUGAAUCUGUUUGGGGUAAAUGCUUUGAGACGCACUUCCGCGCGCUUUGCCCCACCCUGUGCGACCAGAAGCUGCUCCAUUGCGAUUGGCCACCCACAGCUACUCAUCAGUUUUUGGUGGAUUCCAAGUAUGAAGAAUACAAGGGCCACUUUGUGGGGCUCUUUCGUCAACCUGAGCAGCGCUUGCUCUCGGCCUACCAUGACGACAAAGACCUCUUUCGCUCUGACCCUUUUAUCCCGGCGUGCUCGAAUGAGACCAUGACCAAGGAAUUGUCUAUGGAGGAGUUUAUCCAGAGAUAUGCGAGUUUCGAGACGGGACAGCUGGUGGGGACGUUGAUCAAUCUGACAUUGGCGGAUGUGCCCAAAGCCAUCGAACGGCUGGAGCAGGGCUUUGCCUUUGUGGGCCUACAAGAAGAGUGGGAGCUGUCAAUUUGCCUCUUCCAUGCCAAGUUUGGUGGCCCUUGCCUCUCCGUCGACUUCGAGGACACACGACCCUCUCAUGGAGGGAAGGCCUCGCUUUAUGACACUUCGAUCCUCAAUGGCUGGGUGGACGAGCUGGAUCGGCCGGUCUACGCCAAGGCGAAGGAGAUCUUCGAACGCGAUCUGCAGAAGUUUGGGAUCUCCCAUGAGACCUGCCACUCGGACAAGUAG